AACGCAACAGGCCAGACCACCGCUGACGUCACUGCCACCAUGUUGGAUCAGGAAGUGGGCUGAGCCGAUGCAGGAAUCCCGAGCCGAGCUUACCGUCAGCGGCUGUGUUUAUUCGCUCGGUAAAACCGAUUUCACCGGUUCUCACCUUUUCACCAGCCCGGUUACAUGCUGCGUGGCUUUCUGGCUGGUCGAGGUAGGCGCAUUUCUUCGGAUUUGAUCGUUUUGCAGCCCCAGCUAUGGCCUCCCUCAAGCAGAGAAACUCGGGCCUCGUCCAGCGGAGGACCGAGGCCAUCCGGAGCGCCGCCGCCGACAAGGAUCGGGACUCGGCCGACGAGGAGGACGGCUCGCCGCGGGAGGAGGAGGAGGACGACGACAAGGGGGACUCAAAGGAAACCAGGCUCACGUUAAUGGAGGAAGUGUUGCUGCUGGGCCUCAAGGACCGAGAGGGCUACACGUCUUUUUGGAACGACUGUAUUUCUUCCGGUCUCCGCGGGUGCAUGCUGGUGGAGCUGGCCCUCAGAGGGAGGUUACAGCUGGAGGCCUGCGGGGUGAGGAGGAAAAGCCUGCUCUCGAGGAAGGUGAUCUGCAAGUCAGAUGCUCCGACAGGAGAUGUUCUAUUGGACGAGGCCUUGAAGCACGUUAAAGAAACCCAGCCUCCGGAAACUGUCCAGAGCUGGAUAGAGCUGCUGAGUGGAGAGACCUGGAAUCCCCUGAAGCUGCACUACCAGCUGAGAAAUGUUAGAGAACGUUUGGCAAAAAACCUGGUAGAGAAAGGUGUGCUCACCACAGAGAAACAAAACUUCCUGCUUUUUGACAUGACCACACAUCCGCUCACCAACAGCACCAUUAAACAGCGCCUCGUCAAGAAGGUCCAGGAGUCUGUCUUGGAGAAGUGGGUCAACGAUCCUCACCGCAUGGACAAGCGGGUUCUGUCCCUGAUCCUUCUGGCCCACUCAUCCGACGUUCUUGAGAAUGCCUUCGCCCCACUACAGGACGACCAGUACGACCUGGGCAUGAAGAGAGUCCACACUCUGCUGGAGCUGGAGCCGGAGAAAGAGAGCGCAAAGCCCAACGUCAACGAACUCAUGUGGGCUGUGGUGGCCGCGUUCACUAAAUGAAAACACCUGAUUGGUUGGACUGGAAGAUCUGGCUAUGGUCUGUGUUAUUUAAUUGGUUGAAGGACUUCACUUUAAUGAGACCGACUUCACUUUAAUGAGACAAUCUAUUUUGGUUGGGGAGCCUGUUUGUACAUCUAAUCCGGAUGACAUUUCUGGUGGCAGUCCAUAUUAACCCAGUGCAAUCUGAUUGGUGGUGGGCUUCACCAAGUAACAAUUGGUUGGUUGGAAACGGUCUCUAAAUAAAAAAAAUAAAAACGACUGGCCGCUUUCACACAGUGAGGUAUAUUAUCUGCUGCUGCGAGGCUGGAUAUACUUACAAACAUCAACACUACCAACAGAUGGGUUUCUGUUAAUGUUAGAUGACAUCAAAGAACAGAAGCAGGUGGCAGCAGUAGUCGUGGUGAAUAUGAAGAUUUUUGACUGGGGCCAAGAUUCCCUUCUUCACUAAGGAAACAUCUGCUCUACAUUUCUACAAGGUCUGGCCAGAAUCAAAUCCUGGUCGCGUCUCCAUUCUCCCCCACAUGCUUAUGCAAGGAUAAAGGAAAAGCAAAUCACACUGCUAGCAAAGCUCUUUGCACUCGUGCAGGUCUUCUGCUUCCACCGAUUCCUUCCCCACUUGUUGGGAGUAGAUGUUUAAGGGUUACUGUUAGAUCAGACUACCUGAAUGUUUUAGUGAGUCUCACUGUCUUCUCAUUAAAAUCUCUUUCCUCCUUUCUUCCUCGUUGCAUUUUGAGGAUGAAAAUGAAGGACACAAAUAAAUACUUACUCGCCUGCAUAGUAACGAGUGAGCCGGGUAAUUUGGCCCUCAUAAACUCUAACCCAAAUGAAGAAUUAAACCUCGAGUCUAACAAAACUCUUUAUCUUAUUAGUUGCAAUGGGUCCGUUCUGUGUUUAUAGGAUGAGACCAGUCUUCCAUUUCUAUUUAUGUUGCUAAUCAAUGCUUAGAGUAGCCUGCCAUUUAUCAACUAUUUUGCACAGUCAGUAGCCCUGUAGGAAGGAUCGUGUUUGUAGGGAUUUUUCUUGGGUUGAGAUCUUGAGAGGAUGAGGGUGAACAUGAUGAACCUUAGCAACCAUGGUGAAAAAAGAUCUCAUUUAUUUUGUCUACAGUUCUUGAUCUUUAUGAAUACUUUAAAAUCAUUCCUUUGGGUAAAUAUUUUAAAAAAGUUAAGUGGGUGUUGAGAUGUAAAAACAAAACGGAUUUGGAUCGCCGUGAACAGCCUCCACAAGACUUACAGUAUGACCAUCAGCGGCUGCUUCUAGAUAUGGGGUGGGAAAUGUUUAAAUUCAGAAAAAGGGUCGAUUCACCCAAAUUAUAAAUAAACAACUAAUUUAACACCAGUGGUUUCUAGCCAUGGAGGUAGUUUUGGCUUAAUGUCUUUAAGAUAUUUCCUUCUAUCUGAAAAAUGGUUAAAAUGGAAUUUCCUUUUAAGAUGCUUGUCAGAAUUAAAAAAAAUUAAAAAGCAACAUCUAUUUCUGGAGUUUCCCACUUAUCUGCAAUCUUUACUGUAAACAGUUUUCUUCGAAGUACUUUGCACUAAAGAUAUCCUCUCUGUUAAAUGUGUUAACAGCAUGUUAUGUGGAUUCACUAGAUACCAACAGAGGCAAGUGAAACGAUGUAUUUUGUUAUUUGGGUGGACCAACCCUUUUAAAGAUUCCCUCUUGCUAUAUAUUGUAUCUCUCAGUUUGUAUGUCCUGUCAUAAUUAGAUGUUAUUUCUAUCUCGUAGGCCCACGCGGGUAUGUUAUAUUGUUUGGUACAUGCAGAUUACGGGAGGGUUACUUGGGGCCCCAGAUGAAUCCUGGGUAAAGACUGAAACUGUUCUACGAUCUAGUCUGAGGGUCUUUCUAUGGCGUUACAUCACUUAUUGUUUCAUGGCAUACUUAUAGUUCUGUCUUCUUUUAUUUUCUACCAACAAAAUACCAAUUGGUCUGAAGAACUGUUGAGAUGCGUUUACGGCAAAGAGACCAUGCAUGCUAUCGGUGGAGGGCUGGGGUACUUGUGGAUGUAGCUACAGAGAAAAGGCUUGUAUGUAAUUAUUAGUCAUUUAAUGUGUACGAUCUAAUGGAAUUCAAUGAAAGGGAUCUUCUCUCCUAUCCUCUAUAAUUCUGUAUGCUUUUGUAUUACCACACAAAAUAAAGUAAGGAUCCUUUAAGUGCCU